CAUCCACAAAGAUGCACCACUAUAUGGUGUGGGCACCAGACUACACCGACGAAGGUACCCUUGCGCGUCGCAUGGCCGUCCGUCCCUAGGCGCUAACGAGCUCAUCACGCAAGGAGUCAUCAAAGUAGUUGGUGGUCUCUUGACGCCCGAAUCCCAGCACGCAGAGCCACAGGACAGAAAGUUCGUAGGGUCCGCGCUCAUCUAUGAAGCAGAGAGCUUGAAGGAUGUGAGGAGGAUUGUGGAAGCUGAUUUGUAUUGGAAGGAAGGUGUUGUAAGUGAUGCUUGUUUCAUUUGUUUAUUCGAACACGCUGAUCGUCUUUUGGGAAGUGGGACAAGGCGAAAUUGGUCAUUCUUCCGAUGGUGAUGGCUACUACCCUUCAGGAGCGAGCUGGUAUUACUCAACCAACGCCGAAAUACGAGGACCGACGAUAAAUCGAGUCUUUCGGUGUAAGAUAUUAUAUUUC